AUGGCGGGUGUCCGGCCCAAGCAAAGAUCCACAUCGCUGAAGAAGCCCUCACAGAGGAUCCUGGAGAACACCGAGCUGGAGACCAUGAGGCCGAGGACCACCUCGCUUCCCACACGGAGUGAGAUUGUUCGUCCCGGCAGGAGAUAUUUGUCUCCGAUCUCCGACCACGAGUCCAGCCUCCAACCCCUCAGAUCAUUCAUCAAGACACCAAAGGGCCUCAUCAACCGCGGGGACUCCAUGAGGUCCAGGAGCAACAGCAGCGUCAUCUCCAGCUGCAGCGGGAGCAUGAGCGAACUGACGCCACAGUCCAGGUCACGCACAUCCAGUUCUGUGUCUUACGGCAGCGUCUGCAGCCAUAGUCCUGGCCCCCCUGGAUCUCCAGUCCACUCCAUCUCCCCCGUGUGCCAUACGGACCCACCCUACAGGGUCACGGUCUUGGGAAGCAGCGGGGUGGGUAGACGAUCCCUCACCCACCAGUUCACAACCUCCCAGUAUCUGGGAGGUAUGGAUUCGCCUUUUUCUCAAG